CUUAUUUUAGAAUGUUUUUCUCACUUCUAUGAGUGACAAUUGACAAACCCAAAUCGGAAAACUUUCCCAAAUCAAAAAUCAGCCUGAAUUACCAAAUUCAAACCCUACCCGCCAUAACCGAAGCUUGAAAUGCUAUAAAUCCCUCCCAAUCCAUCUUUCUAAUGGAGAAACACGAGAUAUCAGCCGAUUUAGUUCACCGAGUUCUGAUCUUGCUGAAGAAAGAGGCUAAUUUUGAGUCCUUCAACUCUGACGAUCACUCAUUUGAUUCGUUGGCAUCGUCGUUUCUCGAAGAAGCAAUCGCGGGUUCGAGUCCGUCUGUUGAUGUUUUGCGAUGUAAGAAUUGCAGAGGAGAGCUAUUGAGAGGGUCAGAAUCUAUCAUUUGUGUUUAUUGUGGGAAUGCUCAACUGCAGGAUUUUGUUCCAGAGCCUAUUUCUUUCAAAUCCACCUCUGCAUUUCAGUGGUUUCUGAAGUCGCUUGAUUUGGAUGGGAAUGAAAGUGUAGGGACACCACUUGGAGGUACUCAAUCUGGUGAUAGAGGGCAGAGUUCGGUCAAGGAGGAUGAAAUUUUAUUGUCGGAUUUCCUUGAUCUGCAGCUGAAGUGGCUGGAUAAUUCGAGGGGAUUUGGUGUGAAAAAUGAAGAACUUCCUGGGAAAAGAUAUUCGAGCUUGAUUGGUAUAGACAUUGAGGAGAUUUUAACUCAAGAAAGUAGAGAUCAUACUUCUAGUGCUAGUAAUCUUCAGGGGAUAGCUAGUCCUGAUAAUUUAAAUGAAGAAUUCGAAACUUUAGGAGAGAGGAAACUUAGUUUGUUUGAGAACACUCAGUCUUCGGAGGCUGCUCCGAGGUCCGGUGAAGGUGAAAAUGAUGAGUCUUUUUCUGAUUGGGGAGCAGAGUUUCAAUCUGCUAUCCCAGGUCCUGGACCUGAGAAAGUAUCGAAUAUAUCAGUUUCUGAUGCUUCUUCAGGAAGUACUUUAACUAUUUCUAGUAAUAAUAACAUUUGGAGUAAUUUGGAGCCUGGACCACCUUUCAACUCUAAGGUUUCUGAUGGGAACCUUUUGGUUGAAGGUGAUGGUAAGGCCUUUGAGUCCGCCAAUGCUUCUUUUGACUGGUUGCCAGAUCAUCGAGAUACAACGAGAGAAUAUUCUGUUGAAAACGAGAAGAGAGAUGGUGAUGAUUCUUUUGAUGAGUGGGGGGAGUUUAAUAUAUCAGUGAGUAAUAAAAUUACUCAAUGUGAACCAAGCAACACAGCUGUUCCUGACACUGAUAGUAGUGGUGGAUUGGUUACUUCUGACCCAGUUAAUGAUUUUACUGGAUCUAUUGUUUCAAGCAACAUCCAACUUCAGACUAAUAAUUUGAGGUUCCCUGAUGAUGCUUGGAACAAUUUCACAAUGCCAAGUACUGGAGGAAACAUUCAGUCACAAACCAUUAGCGAUAAUUCAGAUCAGCAUGUUGUUACAGGUAAUCCUGCAUUUGCUGGACAAAAUGAUCUUGGUCUGUUGGAUGGUAUUUACUUUAGUCACCAAGAUACCCUUGUAGAAAAUUCACAGAAAAAGGUAUCUGAAGAAGGUGAUCCAAUUGGAUUAUGGAUUGAUGAUAUACAAUUCGGUAUUAAAAGUGGUCAGUUGCAAGGUGGAGACAGCAAGUCACAUGCAAGUAAAGAACUUGAUUCAUUUGGCUUGUGGAAUGAUUUUAAGGGUUCUGACAAUCAACAACAGGCAACAAACAGUGAAGUAGCUGAUACCAUAAUAUCUACUGAAGGUGGUAGCACAUUUGAUGCAUGGAAUGAUUUUGCUGGACAUAGUUUUGGGAGAAAAGAAGAGCGAGACAUCGGCUUAAAAGUAGUUGGUGUGAAGGAAAAUGGUAAUCGAAAUGACUUGGUGGCCUUAUGCAAUGAUAACUCAAAUGAUUUAUGGAGUGAUUUCAAAGGAUAUACUGGUGGUUCCGACAAUAAGGCAAUUAGUAAUGACAUUUCAUCUGGGGCAUGGAAUGACUUUUCAAGCUUAUUGGUUACUCACACAAAUCAGCCUCAAACUAGCAACACCAGCACCUCUGAUGAUCAAGCAGUUCUUGAGGAUGAUAAUAUAUUUAAUUCAUGGCCUGAAUUUCGAAGCUCGGGAGUACAAACUAAAAGCACUUCUUUGCAAUCAAAUGAUACCAAGGCUAGUUCCAAUCAAGUCAGUUUCCAAAAAGCUCCCAGCAGCCUGAAUUUGGUAGAGGACAAUAGCACAUUCAGUUCAUGGGGUGAUCUUGGGGGAACAGCAUCCAUUUUUGAACAGCAGCUGCAUGCUGCUGGAGCAGGAUCAUCUGAAAAUAAAUUAAGCAACGGAGGUGAUGGUUUUCUUUAUGGACUUAGUAAUAUUGCAAAACAAUCCAGUAGUCAACCGGCCGAUCAACUCCAAUGUCAUGGAGUUACCAUUUUUGAUGAUAAGUCCACAUGUGAAAAUGAUGAUUUAUUUGAUUCGUGGACUGAUUUUACAAGCUCGAGUACUGCACAAACAAGCAUUAGUAGCUCAGUGAAGGCACCUAUUGACAAGGAAGCUGUUCAACACGGCAAUCUAUUUGAUGCAUGGAAGCUAAUUGAUAACUCUCCUAACGUGCAAGCUGAUAAAGAUAUUGCUGUCUCAGUUGGACAAACACCAGAAACAAACUUACUCAGCACCAAUAUCGAUUUGCAAUAUGUGGGGCCGAACAGCUCCUUGCAACCAGACCUAUGUGCUGGAAUGUCCAGUAGCCAAAAUUGUUUAGCACCAGUAGCCCUUUUAUCACCUGAAGUUCCUGAUUUGGCCAGGAUGGAACAUGGCGAUGUUAAAGCUGAUGGUUAUGUUGAUAGAUUGAACCCAAGCGGAAUGAACUCGAAGGAAACAUUGGGUCUUAAGUCUGCUGAUGCAGAGACUUUGAUUUCCGAGAUGCACAAUUUAUCGUUCAUGCUUGAAAGCGGCCUCUCAAUUCCCAACAGUGAUACAUGAAAUAUGCUGUGUGCAUCAAUUUUACUCGAUGCAGGACUUACAGCUUUUUGAUCGUCUCUGUACAUUGUAUGACCUUUUCCUAUUACAUUGGCUCUGAUUCAAUUUCUUAUCUUUCAUCAAUUAUCGUUGUGAUUUUGACCUAAAUCUUGUUUUAGUAAUGAAAAUGUUGAGGGCUGUUCUUUUUCU